CUUACUCAUUCUUUGUUUAUUUUCCCAACGGUCAAGAAAAAAAAAAUUAGGCUUUUAUAACUCCACUUGUCUUUUUUCGCACGCUUUUUUUCUCUUUCGCCCCCCCCUUUUUUUUUCUUCAAUCCAUUUCAGUCCGGCAUGGCUCAAAAAUUCCCCACUCGUGAAAACGUCAAGAAGAUUCUUCAAAACUUUGGCGUCUCGGAAGGCGUCAUUUACCUCAACGGUCAAGUCUUGCACGAAAGAGACGACACCGACGUGGAAUAUCCCUUCCGUCAAGAAAGCAAUUUCUUUUAUGUCACCGGUGUUCCCGAACCUGACUUUCACGUCGUGAUUGACCUUGCUACGCAACAAGUGGAACUUUAUGCGCCCAACAUUAAUCCUGACCACGUCAUGUGGAUGGGUAUGCCCGACUCCUUGGAAACGCUUCGUGCAAAAUACGACAUCGAUGAAGCCUUCUACGUCGACAAGUUGAACGAACGUUUAAGCAAGGCUUCCACCGUGUACACUUUGCCUAUUGCCGACCGCAAAUUGCUUGAGGAAUCCAAGGCCUCGGUGGCCGAUGCCGACAAGAACAAGGCUUUGUACACCGCCUUUGUGGAAGCUCGUUGCGUCAAGGCCGAUUGGGAAGUGGAAGUGAUUCGUCAAGCCAACAAGAUCUCCUCGGACGCCCACGUCAAGUUGAUGCAAACCGUGAAGCAGGGCAUGAACGAGCAGGAAUUGUAUGCUUUGUUUUUGUACGAGUCGGUUCGCCACGGUGCUUUGUUCCAAUCGUACUAUCCUAUUGUGGGUGUUGGUAUGAACGCGGCUACUUUGCAUUAUAACAAGAACAAUGCCGUGAUGAAGGAAGCCACUGAUAUGGUGUUGGUUGAUGCUGGUGCUGAAUACCGAUGCUAUGCUUCCGACAUCACUCGCGCGUUCCCCGUCGGUGGUAAAUUCUCAGAGGAAGCCAAGGUCAUUUACAGCAUUGUCCUUGAUAUGCAAAAGGCUUGCUUGGCUAAGUGCAAGGCUGGUGUUGCUUGGGAAGAUAUUCACAACACUGCGACCGAAGUGGCUUGCGAUGGUCUGUUAAAGGCGGGUAUCCUGGUUGGAUCUAAGCAAGACAUUCUCGCUAAUCACGUCGUGGCGGCUUUCUUCCCUCACGGUGUGGGUCACAUGUUGGGUUUGGAUGUGCAUGAUGUGGGUGGUUAUCCCGAAGGUGUUGAACGUAUUGAUGCUCCUGGUAUCCGCAACUUGCGUAUGCGCCGUACAUUGGCCAAGGGCCAUGUUGUAACGGUGGAACCUGGUGUCUACUUUUGCGAUUUCCUCAUUGAUCCUGUAUUGAAGGCGGCCGAGACCGGCAAGUACAUCAACCAGGACAUGUUGAACAAGUACAAGUCCGUAGGUGGUGUGCGUAUCGAAGAUAACAUCCUCAUCACCGAGGACGGUCACAUCAACUUGACCACCGCGCCCAAGGAAAUUGCCGAAAUCGAAGCCUUGAUGGCCGCCGGCGCUGAUCAGGAAUCCAAGAAGAGAAAGCUUGAAGCUUAGACGGGCUUUGACUGGUUCAAGUUAUAUAUAUCGGAUUGAUCCUCUGUAUAAAAAAAAAGAAAAAAAGAAAAAGCUCUCUGUGUAACGUUUUACGUUCUCAUCAGUUGUUGAUUCAAUAAAAAGGACAUAACACGUGUGUAUCAUAAAACUGGAAGGAUGCCAUCGUAUAGAAGUAGUAUGAUACUCGCACAAUGGAUCUCUUAUUAUCUCUGAAGCGCUCAUCGAGCGAGCGUAACGGGGUCGGAAUGUUUAAAAUAGAAUGCAAGAGAACGAAC